GCCGGGCGCACGAUAAGCAGUAGUGAGCCGUUCCUGACUGCGACGAUCUCGUCGCUGAUUCGAGACUGGGAUGUUCUUGUGGCUGUUCAUGACGCUGAGUUCCCGAGCUUUGACCCACGACAUUGGGAAGCUAGCAAGGAAUACAAAAACAUUCAGCUUUUGUCGCAAACCUGGUCGGGCGCAUUUCCUACUUUGCGCAUCUCCCAUUACUUUGCCGAUUUUUCGACAAAAUUGCUAUCACCAUGGCUGGCGGUGAAGCGAACAGCUACUACAACCUGCCGGAUGGCGAUCGCCAAAAGGACUAUCCUAUGCAGCCUCCUCAACAGGCAUACAACCAGAACGGUCAACAACACUACCAGCAGCAGGAUUACCAGCAGCAGAACCACCAGCAGCAAAACUACCAGGAACCCUACCAGCAGAAUGGUCAGGGAUAUUCGCAGCCUCCUCCCAACUAUGGUCAGAACUUCAAUCCUCGUCCCGAGAUGAACGGCUACGACAACAAGCCUACCUUCGAACAGGCCUUCAAGAUCGAUAAACCCAAAUGGAACGAUUGGUGGGCUGGUCUUCUCUUUCUGGCUGUCGCCGCUGGCUAUGUUGUCGUUUCUGGAAUUGCCCUUCAAGGCUACGCCGCAACCAAGGGUUUCAAUGGUGGUGGUAUCUACGACAGCAACAACGACUUUGGCCUUGACACCAACACUAUCGUCCUCUUCGCAUUCGUCCUCGCUAUGGCUAUGGUGCUCAGUUACGCCUACAUCUGGUUAGCCCGUGCUUUUACAAAGCAAUUCAUCUGGAUAACCGGUAUCAUCCACAUCAUCGCAGGUUUCGCGACAGCCAUUUACAUGUUGUCGAGAAAGUACUGGUCAGGAGGUAUCGUCUUCCUCCUCUUCGCAAUCUUCACCGUCAUCUGCUUCAUCUCCUGGAUCCCGAGAAUCCCUUUCAGCGUUGUUAUGCUGCAAACAAGUAUUGAUGUCUCCAAGAAGUUCGGACACGUUUACAUUGUAUCUCUCGUCGGCGGCAUUCUUGCAACUGCGUUGGGUGCCUGGUUCUCGGUUACCUUCGUCGCCGUGUAUGUGAAAUACGAGCCAGGCGCAAAUCCAGCCUGUUCUACCGGCGCUGGUGGCUGUUCAAGUGCCAAAGUCAUUGGUCUUCUCGUCUUCAUCACGUUCGCCAUGUAUUGGAUCUCCGAGUUCCUCAAGAACAUGAUCCAUGUCAUCAUCUCUGGAGUUUACGGCUCGUGGUACUUCUGCUCUCACAACCCUCCCAAGAACAUCACCCGAGGAGCUGCCCGUCGCUCCCUGACCUACAGUUUCGGUAGUAUUAGUCUUGGAAGUUUGGUCGUUGCAAUUAUCAACAUGCUCAGACAGGCAUGCAGUAUCGCACGCCAGCAAGAAGCAAAUUCUGGAAACUUCGCUGCGGAAAUUGCGCUCUGUGUUCUUCAGUGUUUGAUCGGAAUCUUGGACUGGGCUGUCCAGUUCAUUAACAGAUACGCUUUCAGCUAUAUCGCACUAUACGGAAAGGCCUAUGUCCCCGCUGCCAAGGCCACUUGGACUCUAAUCAAAGACCGCGGAAUCGAUGCAUUGGUCAACGAGUGUUUAAUUGGUCCCGUCCUGACUCAGGGCGCUACUGCCAUCGCUUACCUGUGCGCCCUUUUGGCCUACCUGUACCUGAUCUUCACCUCGCCCGCGUACAACAGCAACGGCGAGUACACGCCCGUUGUCGUUGCGUUCGCGUUCUUGAUUGGCCUACAAAUCGCCAAUAUCUUCACAACCCCGCUUAGCAGUGGUAUCGAUACCAUCUUCGUUGCCGCGGCCUUCGACCCAGAGGUCAUGAUCAAAGAGCACCCGGAUCUCUACGCCAGGAUGGUGUCGACAUAUCCUCAUGUUCAACAAGCCAUCCAUGCCUAACAACCUGAUCGCAACAAUUCGCCGAUUCAGACAGUCUUGGCCGCGGACCUUUGACUACAGUCACGAAAAACCCGUCGUCUGUUGUUGGGGAAAACCACGCGCUCCCCUGUCAAUUCGCGUAUAGUUGCGUCAGAUAGGGCUCAGCUGUUAGGCUCGGGCCUCGGGUUUACGGAUAAUCAGGAACAUGCCAUCGGGAUCGGAGGGAGAACGGAGAAAACAGAGAUACCCAAACCACGGAACGUCUUGAUAACACAGUCUAAUAGUUCUUUCACAGCAGCAGCAUAAUACGUAAUAAUAGAUCACACUCCUUCGCA